ACGAUGACUGUUGAUCCAUGUUGAAUUGUGUUUUAUUAUACUCGUGCUUGAUUACAUCUGGCCAAUAUAUAUAUAUAUAUGGACACACACACACACACACACACAAUUAUGUUAAUUAUUACACAGCGGGAAAUGUUGAUGAUGAUCAUGACGAUGAUGAUUGUGAUUGUGAUGCGGAUAAAUCCCACGAAUAGAGCCAUUUACGAAAAACGGAUUUUUUUUUUUUUUUUUUUUGAUGAACAUUGGAUGCUCUUUUUUUUUUUCGCAUAAUUUCGUCCAUUUGAAAUGUAGAUUCAUCAUUUUUGGAACUUUUUUUUUUUUUUUGCUUUUCUUUUUUUUCGGUUUAAGAAGAUGAAGAGAAAAUUUCUCAAUUUUUUUUUAUUGUUUUAAUUGCCAUAAUGUUGCUACAAUCAACAAGAACAAGAAGAAAGAAGAAGAAGAAGAAGAUGCAGAAAAUUUUUUUUGACCAUACUAAAUAAAAAAAAACGACAACGAUCAACAAUAUUAUCGUGGCCAUCGAAUAGAAAUGAUCCAUGUCUUUUAUUCAUUUUGUUUUCAUCAUUUGGCAUUUGAUGAUGAUGGUGAUAAUAAUGGCGGCAACAGCAACAGCAACAACAACAACGACAAUGUUUGAAAUGUUUAGCCAGAAUUUCUGGCAAUUAAUCACUAAUACUCGAUAUUUUUUCUAUUUAGCCAAUCCAUAUGAAACAAUGUUUCCGGAUAUGAAUGUUCCACGAUAUGUUUCUGAAAUGUUUCCUGUUUUCAUAUUUCUUGCAUUUAUUGAGAAUUUAAUAAGAUUCUUUAGUGGUAAAUCUAUUCUACGAUUAAAUGAUUCAAUUGCAUCAAUAUCAAGUGGCCUAGUGCAGGAUUGUUUCAGGAUUCAUAUUCGAAGUCUUGAAGUAUUUUGCUAUUGUCUUGUAUUUGAACAUUUUCGUUUGACAACAUUACCAUGGAAUUCAUUGGCCACAUGGUUAUAUUGUUUUCUUCUUGUUGAUUUUGGUUUUUAUUGGGCACAUAGAUUAGCACAUGAAAUCAAUUUCAUAUGGGCUAUUCAUCAGGCUCAUCAUAGUGGUGAAGAUUUUACACUUGUUGCUGCUUUACGGCAAGCCGUUCUUCAACCAUUUACAGCUUGGAUAACUUAUGUACCGAUGGCUGUGAUUGGCAUACCACCACAAACAUUUCUUGUACAUUUACAACUAACUGAAUUGUAUAUGCUAUGGAUUCAUACGGAAGCCAUUAAAUCAUUGGGUUAUUUGGAACUCAUUUUCAAUUGUCCAUCACAUCAUCGUGUUCAUCAUGCACGUAAUCGAAAAUAUAUUGAUAAAAACUAUGGUGCAUUAUUCAUUUUUUGGGAUAAAUUAUUCGAUACAUAUCAAGAUGAAGAUCCACAGGAACCACCUGUAUAUGGUCUAGUACAUCCGGUUGAAAGUUAUGAUCCAUUUUAUUUACAAUUUCAUACAUGGAUCACAAUGUAUCAUAAUAUUCGACAUACUCCAGGUAUAUGGAAUAAAUUUUGUAUACCAUUCAAAGGACCUGGUUGGUCACCAGGAAAACCAAGACUUGGUUAUAUUGAUGAAAUUCCGGAUAUUAAACAACCAGUUGAAUAUUGGAAUCCAAAGAUUUCAUUUUGGAAAAAAGUUUAUGCUAUUUGCCAUACAGUUAUUAUUGUCAUUUUCUAUCAUGAAUUGAGUACAAAAUCGAAUCAACUUACACAAUUGAACAUUUUUUUGGGUGUCGUUUGUAUAUUGGCUACAUUUACAACCAUCGGAUCGUGGUUGGAAAAUAAAGAAAAAGCCAUUCGAAUGGAAUUGGUUCGUUGUGCAGUAUUUUUGAUGUUUGAAAAAUAUCUUAUACCAUUGACUAGUGUCAAAGAAAUGGACACAUCCUAUCAAUCAUCCAUUAUUUGGACAUUUCGUAUGACGUACAUGAUUUCCAUUAUGAUCUGUACAUUGUAUGAAUUUAUUCGUAUGGUUAUCCAUUUAUUUGAUCAUUUAAAAUGGCAAUUGAAACAAACUAAAUUACAUGUAAAUUAAAGAUGUAUUAUCCAUGAAACUUGAUAUUAUUAAAAAUUUUAU